AAUAAUUUUGUUAAUUUUCAAAUUCUUGAGUUUAAAGAUUAAUAAAAGUAGCAUACUAGUAAGUUUUGACUUAACCAUAUCGAAUGUACAAUACAUGUGAGAAUAAAGUAAUGUUAAUAAAUAAAUGUGUUAUUUCCUCAUUUUGGUGCAACCACAUGACUUUAAGACGAAUUUUCUUGAAACAUUUUGUGUUUGUGUUCCAUCUUAAUUGAUUACUUUCUUUAAAUAUUAGGUGUAACUCUAAGAAUAUUAAUUAAUACGCCAAAAUUUUUUUAUUAAAAGAUAAAUUUUUCCUUCGAAUAUUUAUUUUUAGUAUCUACCCGUUAAUUUUUAAAUAUAAUAAUGUCAAAAUUUUCUUUAAUUUAUUUCUUAUUAUGGAUAUUACUUCAAGUAUUAGUUGAUGUAAAUUGUCAAUCAACGCCAUUUAAGCCAAAUGUUAUAUACCGCCAUACUGCCACAUUCGUUGAUAAUAAAUUGUAUAUUUUGGGUGGUAAGGAUGUAUCAAAUGGCACACUAGUAAAAAGAUUUUUUUAUCUUGAUGUUUCCGUACUUUAUGAUACUCAACUAUUAUCAUGGCAAGAUUUAUCAAAUAUCAAUAUUAUUCCAUUACAUACUGAUGCAACUUCAACUAAAGGCGGUGUAAAUAAUGAUACAUUAUAUUUAUAUGGAGGUGCUUCAUCCGAUAAAACAAUGGCAUUGGUUUAUACAUUUGACCCGAAUCGCACUUCAUGGAAUCCUCAAAAAAUUACCAUGAUUAGAAAAUGGGAUUUAACAGGAGUUGUAGACUCUAAUGGAAAAUUUUAUUUGUGGGGAGGUGUUAACGAUAAUGUUGCUGUAGCAAAUGAUAUGCUUAUUUUAGAUACAACAAAUCUUAAUUUGAGUGAAGGAAGUUUAGUAAAUGCACCAACUCCAAGAUUUCAUUAUGGUGCUACUUUAUUGCCCAAUAAUAAAAUUAUUUAUAUGGGUAAACCAGUAAUUUUUAUAUAUUUCAUACAUUUAGGUGGUACGAAUGAUAUUAAUUUUGGUAAAACUUUAAACCUUACUAAAGGCGCUUUAUCAUUAAAUGAGGUUUAUAUAUAUGAUACGGUUAAUGAUAAUUGGGAUACAAAAAUAACAAUGGGAGAAAUUCCUUCUAAAAGAGUUGGUUUUUCCACAAUUCUUGGUUUAGAUGGUCAAAGAAUUAUAAUUUAUGGAGGAUAUUUUAAUAAUCCCGGAUAUUCGAAUACUACACUUUAUGUAUUAGAUUUAAGUAAUUAUAAUUGGUAUGUGCCAAAAAUUUCUGGAAAAAAUCCGAGCUCUAGAACUUUUCAUAAGGCAAAUGUAAUUGGAAAAUAUAUGGUUAUAUCAUUUGGUGAUGGUUAUGAUAGAAAAGUUGAAAGUGAUAUAUUAUUACUUGAUAUAAGUAAAAAUGAAGAAUAUAUAUGGACAACAAAAUUUGAUCAUUCAAUUUCAUCACCAUCUUAUUCACCAUCAACCUCGUCAUCAACCUUGUCACCAACCUUGUCACCAACACUCUCACAAUCACCUUCUUCUUCACCACCCUUAUCAUUAAAUAUCAAACUAGUUGGUGUUAUUAUAGGAUCUUUGUUAAGUGGUAUUUUCUUAUCGGUCGGAGUUUUCUUUGUAUAUAAAUGGUAUAAAUAUAGACAACAACAAAAAACUAUUCGUGAAAAUGAAUUUGAAAAAGAUAUUCAAAUAUCUUCAUUGCAGAAACCCAUGGUUUGUUAACAAACAUUUAUGUAAUCAUCAAACAGUUUUUGUAU